AUGGUAUAUUUCCCUGUUACCUCCUCUUCUGCAACCAGAUAUAUCGUCGGAGACGAUAGCGGGUGGACAAUCAAAUUUGAUUAUCAAGCUUGGGCCAGCAACAAAGAGUUUCACGUUGGAGAUGAGCUCGUGUUUAUGUACCCUCCCGGAGCUCAUAGCGUGCUUAAAGUUAACGGUACCGGCUUCAAGGAAUGCAUCAAGCCACCGGUAAGUGAAGCUUUAACUACUGGAAUGGAUGUGAUUACCCUUAGUACACCAGGAAGAAAACGGUACAUUUGUGGUGUUGGACAACAUUGUGAAGUUGGAGGACAAAAACUUUUCAUCACUGUAUUGCCAGAACUAUCAGGGCCAGCAACAGCACCAUCCGCAGUAAGUUCCGGACAUGGAGUUGCGAGCACUUGGUUUCAAAUCUCCGCUGCAACAAUUCUCGCAAUUGUUAUGGUUCUUAAAGUUUAAUCUACUCCAUUUUAUCUGAUUUGACGAUCGGUGCUU